UCUCCCCGCGCACUCGGGAGCCGCCGCCGGGAGCGCCGCGCAGCCGCCGCCCUGGGAGAAGGAGGCUGCGGGAUGGCCGAGGGGGAGAUCAGCACCUUCAGCGCCCUGACCGAGAAGUUCGACCUGCCCGCGGGCAGCUACAAGAAGCCCAAGCUGCUGUACUGCAGCAACGGGGGGCACUUCCUGCGCAUCCUGCCCGACGGCACCGUGGAUGGCACCCGGGACCGCAGCGACGAGCACAUCCAGCUGCAGCUGAGUGCAGAGAGCGUGGGCGUGGUGCACAUCAGGAGCACCCAGUCGGGGCAGUACCUGGCCAUGGACACCAAGGGGCUGCUCUACGGCUCGCAGUUACUGGGUGAGGAGUGUCUGUUCCUGGAAAGGCUCGAGGAGAACCAUUACAACACCUACGUCUCCAAAAUGCACGCGGACAAGAACUGGUUUGUGGGGCUGAAGAAGAACGGGAACAGCAAGCUGGGCCCGCGGACUCACUACGGCCAGAAGGCGAUCCUCUUCCUGCCCCUGCCCGUCUCUGCUGACUGACACCUGGCCCCAAAGCUCAGAGACAGCCCCAAACCCCAAACCCAGCUGCUGCUGCUGCCUCCUUGAGCUCAGCAGAGCUCCCAGCUUUAGGUCAAGGCUUUGCCAAUCUGCCAAAGCAGAGCCCCUGUGCUCUGCACCAAGCUUUGCAGAGAUGAGGGGACGAGCCCUGGCACCAUCCUGAGGUCCAUGGGGCUCCAUCUCCCCCUGCCCUCAGCUGUGUGUGCCAUGUGUGCCAUGACCCUCAGCUGUGUGUGCCAUGUGUGCCAUGACCCUCAGCCGUGUGUGCCAUGACCCUCAGCUGUGUGUGCCAUGUGUGCCAUGACCCUCAGCCAUGUGCCAUGUGUGCCAUGACCCUCAGCUGUGUG